CCGCUGCCCUCCGCCGGCCGGCCGGCCCCUCCUCGGCCGAGCGCCCUCCGCCCGCCCUCAGCCGCCGGUCGUGUCCCGCAGCCGCCAGCCCGGUCUCCGGCAGCAUGUUCAGCUGGGUCAGCAAGGAUGCCCGCCGCAAGAAGGAGCCGGAGCUCUUCCAGACGGUGGCCGAGGGGCUGCGGCAGCUGUACGCGCAGAAGCUGCUGCCCCUGGAGGAGCACUACCGCUUCCACGAGUUCCACUCGCCCGCGCUGGAGGACGCCGACUUCGACAACAAGCCCAUGGUGCUGCUCGUGGGCCAGUACAGCACGGGCAAGACCACCUUCAUCCGGCACCUGAUCGAGCAGGACUUCCCGGGGAUGCGCAUCGGGCCCGAGCCCACCACGGACUCCUUCAUCGCCGUCAUGCACGGCCCCACCGAGGGCGUGGUGCCGGGCAACGCGCUCGUCGUGGACCCGCGGCGCCCCUUCCGUAAGCUCAACGCCUUCGGCAACGCCUUCCUCAACAGAUUCAUGUGUGCCCAGCUGCCCAACCCAGUCCUGGACAGCAUCAGCAUCAUCGACACCCCCGGCAUCCUGUCUGGAGAGAAGCAGCGCAUCAGCAGAGGCUAUGACUUUGCGGCUGUUCUGGAGUGGUUCGCGGAGCGCGUGGACCGCAUCAUCCUGCUGUUCGAUGCCCACAAGCUGGACAUCUCGGAUGAGUUCUCAGAGGUCAUCAAGGCCCUCAAGAACCACGAGGACAAGAUCCGUGUGGUGCUGAACAAGGCCGACCAGAUCGAGACCCAGCAGCUGAUGCGGGUGUACGGGGCCCUCAUGUGGUCCCUGGGGAAGAUCAUCAACACCCCCGAGGUGGUCCGGGUCUACAUCGGCUCCUUCUGGUCCCACCCGCUGCUCAUCCCCGACAACCGGAAGCUCUUUGAGGCUGAGGAGCAGGACCUCUUCAAAGACAUCCAGUCGCUCCCCCGAAAUGCCGCCCUGAGGAAGCUCAACGACCUGAUCAAGCGGGCUAGGCUGGCCAAGGUUCACGCCUACAUCAUCAGCUCUCUGAAGAAGGAGAUGCCCAACGUCUUCGGUAAGGAGAGCAAAAAGAAGGAGCUGGUGAACAACCUAGGUGACAUCUACCAGAAGAUCGAGCGGGAGCACCAGAUCUCCCCCGGGGACUUCCCGAGCCUCCGCAAGAUGCAGGAACUCCUGCAGACCCAGGACUUCAGCAAGUUCCAGGCCCUGAAGCCCAAGCUGCUGGACACAGUGGACGACAUGCUGGCCAACGACAUCGCCCGGCUGAUGGUGAUGGUGCGCCAGGAGGAGUCCCUGAUGCCCUCGCAGGCCGUGAAGGGCGGCGCCUUCGACGGCACCAUGAACGGGCCGUUCGGCCACGGCUACGGCGAGGGGGCGGGCGAGGGGAUCGACGACGUGGAGUGGGUGGUGGGCAAGGACAAGCCCACCUACGACGAGAUCUUCUACACCCUGUCGCCCGUCAACGGCAAGAUCACCGGUGCCAACGCCAAGAAGGAGAUGGUGAAGUCCAAGCUGCCCAACACGGUGCUGGGGAAGAUCUGGAAGCUGGCCGACGUGGACAAGGACGGGCUGCUGGAUGACGAGGAGUUUGCCCUGGCCAACCACCUCAUCAAGGUCAAGCUGGAGGGCCACGAGCUGCCCGCCGACCUGCCCCCCCACCUCAUCCCCCCCUCCAAGCGGAGGCACGAGUGACCGCCACGCCACGCCCCAGCCGCCCGGGGCCGCCUGCCAGAGAUUGGGGGGAGGGAACGGGUCCCCAUUUUUUUCAAGGUCCAUAAAGACAGAGCGGUGUUUCCUCAGCUCUCGAGUAGGAGAACCACCAUCUUUCUUUUAAGGCUGCUCCGGGCCCCAGCGGGAGGCAGGGGGAUGCUCCGAUGUGAAUGAUGGAAUUUUGUGCACAAAAACGAUGGAUAUUUUUAAUAUAUAACCUUAGGGGCAGCCUCCGUUCUUGCCUCGUCCUCUGUCCGACAGCCCCAGGCUCCCCCGGCCCAGCCUGGCCUCCGGCCUGGCCAGGCGUCUGUGGGGACGGGGACCUCAGAGCGCCAGCCGCCCUGGCUCGCCCUGGUGGGCCACUGCACGGGGCUGUGUAGACGGGAGGGAGCCGGGGCUCCCCGCCCCCCCAGCCGAGCCCCGCCACCCCGCACAGUGGCUUCCGGCCCCCCUCCCCUGUGCUUGGGUGAGACCAGUUUUGUGCCUCCACUUGUCAUCCUAGCUCCCGGUACACACGCCCCCCCACUCUCCUCCUACACCCCAACUCCCAACACCCUGCCCAGCCUGGCAGUCACAGGCACAAGACCCAGCCACUGUUGUCCUUUUUGGGGGAGUUCUAGGAAGGAAUGUCUUCCAGAAAAAAAAAAGACAAAAAUAUAUAUGUAUACAUAAGCUAGGUCUUGUUCUGUUAAGUGACACUUUUCAUACUUGACUGAAUUUUCCAGUAACUUCCAGACCACUUGUUCAAAAGCUGUGAUUUUUGUCUUCCUUCCCCCCGUCCGCCAGCGCGGGGUGGGGCCGCCGAGUUAGAUAUGAACACACAGGACGCUCACCCCGCGGCCUAGGUUCACGUGCUGGCUCAGGGGGCCCAGCCUGCACCCCCUCCCUGCUGGGGUGGGGGUUCCCAGUGGUCUGGGGGGGUUGGUGCUGGUAAGAGGCAGCCGCAGCUCUGGCCUGGACCUCAAGUCCAGACAUCAGGGACGGGGAAAACGUGCCCUUCCCUCUUCACCCCAUUCCCUCCUCCCCGCUCCCCCUGGCUGAGCCCAGGCCGCCCGCGCAGGGCCCGGUGUCGGCGGGCCCGUCCUCAGCCCCCAGACCCAGCAAUAAGAAGCCGGAGCCAGCUCGCUGUGGCUCCCGCCACCUCCGCGGGGCCGGGCAUGCGCCGGAGCCCCUGGCCCGCCCGCCCCCGGUGCUGCCGUGCAUCCGCCUCCUCGGGGCUGAGCGCCCGGCCUGGGCGAGACACGGACCCGUAGUUCACUGUGGGAGAUGCGGCCGUGGCCGGCCCUCCCCCGUGGGGGAAGGUGGCCAGGGCUGAAGACUUGCUUGUAUUAAAGAGGUUUGAUUGUGCUGA